CCUCCCUUCACCAAAGGCAAAAAAAUGGCAUUGAGCAACAAUGUGAUAGGUGCAAUCAACUUUGUUGCUAUGUUGCUCUCGAUCCCAAUCCUCGGUGCUGGAAUCUGGCUUUCGAAUCAACCGGCCGACUCUUGUCUUAAAAUUUUGUUAUGGCCUAUAAUAACAUUAGGUGUCUUAAUCUUGGUUAUGGCACUAGCAGGUUUUGUAGGAGCAUUUUGGCGUAUCCCAUGGUUACUUAUGGCUUACCUUGUUGGCAUGCUAGUGCUUAUCAUAUUGCUUGCAUGUUUGGUUAUUUUCAUGUACAUGGUCACCAUUAGAGGGUCAGGUCACAUUGUUCCUAAUAGGGCAUAUUUGGAAUAUCAUUUGGAAGAUUUUUCAAUAUGGCUUCAAAGGAGAGUACGAGGUUCUUACAAGUGGGAAAGGAUUGAAACAUGUUUGAGUACAACACAGAUUUGUCCUGAUUUGAACCAAACUUAUACAAUGGCUAUGGAUUUCUUUAGGGCUUAUUUGACUCCUAUUGAGUCAGGGUGUUGUAAGCCACCAACAGAGUGUGGAUACACAUUUGUGAACCCAACAAAUUGGAUCAGUCCCAUUAACAACAUUGCUGACCCUGAUUGCAUUCAAUGGAACAAUGACCAAACAAAGCUCUGUUAUAGCUGUAAUUCUUGCAAGGCAGGAUUGCUAGCAAGUUUGAAACAAGAAUGGAGAAGGGCCGACAUAAUAUUGCUUGUAACUCUUAUUGCUUUGAUAUGUGUGUAUUUAGUAGGGUGUUGUGCCUUUAGGAAUGCCCAAACUGAGGACAUAUUUAGAAAAUACCGACAAGGUUACUCGUAAGCCGGUAAUGGUGCGGGGUUUAGUCUUUAUAUUAUGUGCAUGUUGCGGGACUUAGUCUUAAUUUAUAAUUUGAUUUAAUUAUUUUUAAUUUUUUA